AUGGAUUUCUUCAAUAGCUCCAGGCUGGAGGACAGGACAGAGGCAGACAACAUCUCCUCUAAUGUCACCUCUCAGAGCCAGUACACGCAGCUCGCUAUCUGGGGUCUGGCAGGACUUGUCAGCUUUCUGAUUUUGUUUACAAUAGUCGGGAACGUCUUGGUCGUUAUCGCCGUUUUGACGAGCAGAGCUCUGAAACCACCCCAGAACCUUUUCCUCGUCUCCCUGGCCAGUGCGGACAUACUGGUGGCCACCCUGGUCAUGCCCUUUUCUCUGGCAAAUGAACUCAUGGGCUACUGGUUUUUUGGCAAAAUCUGGUGUGACAUCUACCUGGCUCUGGACGUUCUGUUCUGCACCUCUUCUAUCGUUCACCUGUGUGCCAUUAGUUUGGACAGGUACUGGUCGGUGACACAGGCAGUAGAGUAUAACUUGAAGAGAACGCCUAAAAGAGUUAAAGGGAUGAUUGUGGUGGUGUGGUUGAUCUCGGCCGUCAUCUCCUUCCCACCGCUGAUAUCGAUGGACAGAAGCAGCAACGAGGCCAGUCCCCAGUGCAUCCUGAAUGAUGAGACGUGGUACAUUCUCUACUCCAGUAUUGGCUCAUUCUUUGCCCCCUGUGUCAUCAUGAUCCUGGUCUAUAUUCGGAUCUACCAAGUGGCAAAGACCAGGACCAGAACAAUGUCAGAGAAGAAAAGGGAUGUGGACUCGCCGCUGGAGAAUGGGAUGGACCAAGCCGAACCAGGCAGAGGAGGGUCCUUAAAGUCCAACACAGGCGGGAGCAUGAAAGACCAGGACCGCGAGAACGGGCAUUGCCAGGAGCAGGCAGUUCGACCCCAUCUACCAAACGAGCCGAAACAUCCAGCAACAGACCACGAGGACGACUUCGACGACAGCAGCUCAUCGGACGAGAAACCUAAAAAAAGUUCCAGCUCCUCCAAACAUCACCAUGACGACAGGAAAGACAGGAAGUCCAGCCGGAAAAGCAGCUCCGCCUCUAAAUACUCCAGCAGGAAGUCGCGUGCCAGUUCCAAGUCGAUGGAGCUGUUCUCGUCUCGCCGCAAACGCAGGAGCACCGUCAAUCGGAAGAAAGUCUCCGCCGCUCGGGAGAAGCGCUUCACCUUCGUUCUCGCCGUGGUCAUGGGCGUUUUCGUCGUGUGCUGGUUUCCGUUCUUCUUCUCCUACAGCCUGUAUGGAAUCUGUCGGGAGCCGUGCCAGAUACCCGAAACGCUGUUCAAGUUCUUUUUCUGGAUUGGCUACUGCAACAGCUCUCUGAACCCGGCCAUCUACACCAUCUUCAACCAGGACUUCCGCAGAGCCUUCCAGAAGAUCCUCUGUAAGUCAUGGAAACGUUCUUUCUGA